CUGUGCAAUGUGCUCCCCUGGCAAUGCCCCACCAAAAGUCCGGGGAAAGCUCAACGAGCCUCAUUGUUUAGCGCAACGCAACCCAACGACAUGCCUUCCCACCACCAUCCCAGUAUUUCUGACUGUCCCAAGAACAAGCGGCUGGCGAACACAACUCGUAUGAAUUGUUGCUGAGACUUGGAGAAUUGGACGCCCGCCCACUCAAAGUCCUCACUACGACUUCCUCUUGGCCGCAAUCAUGGCGCCAAUGGAGGGCGCAAGCCACGACCAGCUGGAAGCCCAGCUCAAGGAAUCCCUGCAGUCCAUGUACAACAUCCUGGUGCAGACGACGGCCUACGACAGCACGUCGUCCUCGUCGGCGUCCUCGCGGCCCUCGCGCGACGUCCUGGCCGCCGAGGUCCGCUCCCUCCAGCAGUCCCUCCAGCAGAUCCACCGCACCGCCACCACCCCGAGCCCCGAGGCCUCCCUGCCCCACGUGCCCCCGGAGCUCAUCCAGUACGUCGAGAACGGCCGCAACCCCGACAUCUACACCCGCGAGUUCGUCGAGCUCGUCCGCCGGGGCAACCAGCUCAUGAAGGGCAAGCAGGAGGCCUUCCGGAGCUUCAGGGACGUCCUCGCCGAGGAGAUGGGCAAGGCUAUGCCCGAGCUGAGGGAGGAUGCGAGGAGGGUUGUGGAGGCGACGGACUUCCCGCAGCGGUCGUGACCUGGGUCGCUGGACAGAGAAGCAGGGGGUGCGUCAGGGACAUGGCAUGAUUUGGGUCGUUGCUUAGAGGGGCAGGGCGUUUGGGAUAGACAUGCAUUUCACACGGCAUGGUAUGGUAUGGCGCUUUACUUGGCAUGGCACGGAAUGAAUUACUGAUACCCGUAGUUUUUUUUUGCAAGUUGAUAGUGAUC